UGGGCGUGGUCUCGGGAGGUCCCGCCCCGUCCCGCUUAGACAAUGCCCCGGAGCCGCCAGACCAUCGCGCCCCCGCCCCAUCGCCGAAUGUGAGCUCGCCUACCCGGGGAACCCCUCAAAAGCCCACGCUCCUGGCCUCCCCAGCUUGAAGACUCAGUCUCCCAUCUCCAUCAACUCUCUCCUCUGGGGGUGGGGCCAAGGCCGAGAUCACAACGCUGCGUGAGUGGAGGUGGCCGCUGACAAGUGAAGUAAAGAGAAAACAGAGAUCGGCUUGGCUGGAAGGGGCGUCUGUGUGGAUGGGAUGGGGACGCCGGGGGAGGGGCUGGGUCGCUGUUCCCAUGCCCUGAUCCGGGGUGUCCCCGAGAGCCUGGCAUCCGGGGAGGGCGCGGGGGCCGGUCUUCCAUCUCUGGACCUGGCUAAAGCACAAAGGGAGCAUGGAGUACUAGGAGGUAAACUGAGGCAGCGGCUAGGGCUGCAGCUGCUUGAACUGCCUCCCGAGGAGUCACUGCCGCUGGGACCACUGCUUGGUGACACCGCCGUGAUCCAAGGAGACACGGCCCUCAUCACGCGGCCCUGGAGCCCAGCGCGUAGGCCCGAGGUUGAUGGAGUCCGCAAAGCCCUCCAGGACUUGGGGCUCCGGAUUGUGGAGAUGGGGGACGAGAACGCGACGCUGGAUGGCACCGACGUCCUCUUCACAGGCCGGGAGUUUUUCGUAGGCCUCUCCAAGUGGACCAAUCACCGAGGAGCUGAGAUCGUGGCAGACACGUUCCGGGACUUCGCCGUCUCCACGGUGCCGGUCUCGGGAGCCUCGCACCUGCGCGGCCUCUGCGGCAUGGGGGGACCCCGCACUGUGGUGGCUGGAAGCAGCGACGCCGCCCAAAAGGCUGUCAGGGCAAUGGCAGUGCUGACAGAUCACCCCUACGCCUCCCUGACCCUCCCAGAUGACGCAGCUGCUGACUGUCUUUUUCUGCGUCCUGGGUUGCCUGGCACCACUCCUUUCCUCCUGCACCGCGGAGCUGGGGACCUGCCCAACAGCCAGGAGGCUCUGCAGAAGCUCUCUGACGUCACCCUGGUACCCGUAUCCUGCUCAGAACUGGAGAAGGCUGGCGCUGGCCUCAGCUCCCUUUGCCUGGUGCUCAGCACACGCCCCCACUGCUGAGGGCCUGGGCUUGGGGCACCGACUGGUCAGGAAUAGAGCCGUAUAGGGGGUAGAAUCAGGUCAUAGAGGAUGGGAAGUAGGUAGUAGCAGGGAGACGCUCCAGGACAAAGGAAGGGUUAGUGUGGAACAAAGGAUAGGAGCCAUUGGGUGAGUCCUCUCUGUCAAAACCAAUAAAAUAAAAUUGGCCUUUUAGGUA